GACACUGAUUGCGUUACAGUGGCAGCUGUCUAACUACUUGCCUGUGAUAAGGUUUGUUCUGCUCUAUCUGGCGUCUCAGGUUUCAAGACUGAUCCUGUGUCCUGUAGUUUUUUUCCUCCACACAGGAGAGUCAGCGUGGAUGGACAUACAGUAGAGCCGUGGCCUGAGAAAAAGUCAACAGUGCUGCACUGGAGCGAUAAAGAAAGACUUGCAGUACCUGAAGAAUGAACAACAGCUACCAGGAAACAUCACUAGGCAUCCAGGAAACAGAGUCUGGGGAUCCUGCCAUGACCAAACAGAGGAGGAUCAUCCACUUCUCCAGCGGUGAAACUCUGGAGGAAGAAGACAGUGAGGAGGAAGAAGAGCAGCCAUCAAACAGCCCUCCCUUCACAGAACCUGCAGAGAGGACUAGGUUCUCAUUCAAGAAUGUGGCCAUACGAGUUGGGAGGAUUUCACUGCUGACUUGUGAUUUCCUUGGAGAGAGACUAGCUGGUGCACUUGGUCUGAAUGCAGCCAAAUACCAGUACGCCAUAGAUCAACAUCAUCGGGUCCACAAGACAACAAGCAGCAAAGCCACAGACCAUGUCAUGAAAGAACAGGCAGAGGAGAUGCACAUCUCUUCAGGCCUGGACAGGAGUCGUUAUGGAGCAAUAGGAGACGUCCGAUGUCCCUCCGAUUCCCAGGAGAGCUCUGCUGAGAAUCACAUGGAGAUAUAUUCUGAAGGCUGUCACAACAGAGGCUAUCAAGCAGAUUAGGAUUAUUUGGAAAUAAAACUAAAAGAAGACCAUGAUGUUAAAGCCUUUGUUUAAAGUGUACGGUACACAAAAAAUAAUAUCAUAAUGCUUGCUUAAAGUAUGUUGGGGCUGUUUGUAAUAUGGUAAUUUUACAAAAAACAUACAAGACAGUCUUAAAGAUUUCAGGGUGUGACUGUAAAGGAGGGUGCAAGAUUGAGAUUGCAAUUUUCUUUAUGUAAUCUAUAUAAAUCGAUGCAUAAAUUGAUCAUGGAUGCAUAAGCAGCUGGUCUGCCAAAGAGAAAUGCUAUGCUGCUGUUUGCUUUGUAUCGAAAGGGGACCACAAAA